CUUCCUGCUAAAGCCCUAAACCCUAAUUGAUCUCUCAGGUGAGGCCGUCUCGCUUGAUCCUGAUUUCUGCUCUCUCCCUCUUUCGUUCUUGAAUGUCGAGCUGCUUGCGCACCGUGUGUGGCUGUUGCGUGUUUGGCCUCUUGGACAAGCUGAUUCAUUAUACAAUUGACCAUGGCUUUCUGCAACAAGGUUGGAAAUCUUUUGAAGCAGAGUAUUUCCCAAAAUGGGUCUGCUUCAAUGCUUAACUCUAUUCGAUGCAUGGCAACCUCAACUAAACUUUUUGUAGCAGGUCUUGACUGGGGAGUGGAUGACCACUCUCUUAAGGAUGCGUUCUCGAGCUUUGGUGAUGUCGUUGAAGCCAGGGUAAUAACAGACAGAGAUUCAGGAAGAUCGAGGGGUUUUGGAUUUGUCAAUUUCUCUAGCGGUGAAUCUGCCAGCUCAGCAUUGUCAGCCAUGGACGGUCAGGAGCUUCAUGGACGGAGUAUCGCUGUAAAGUACGCAACUGAGAGACCCAGUGGCAACCGAGGUUUUGGCGGUAGCAACUUCAGUGGCGGGUAUGGUAGCAGAGAAGGCGGAGAUGGCAGCUUUUGAGCAGUUACUUCCAUUUUCAGCUUUUACUUGUUCUGAUCAAAGGUUGCUUAACCUUUUGAAUGUCUGUACUAGUUUUUGGAUAUGGUUUGGAUUUCUUCAUAUUUAGUGGGUUGUCUUGUGUGCAAUUUUUGAAUUUGCUCUAAGUUGGUAUAGCCACUAAAUAAUUUGUUGUUUGUUGCAGGAUA